UCAAAAAAUAACAAACGGUGUUUCCUUGUUCGCAUUUUGGGGGAGAGGCGGUGGAAAGCACUCUCUCGCACACCAUUUCUUCGUCUUCCCUUUUGUUCCUCGCAUACCAAAUCCAUACAUUCGAUUAUCCUGAGAUUUCUUCAGCUUCUUCUACCGAUCGUCCUCUUCUCCCUUCUUUAGAUUUCUUUCAUUUAGGGUUUUCUUUUUUGAGUUGCUUCGUCCAAUCUUAUUCACAAUGCAUAAGUUGGGGAGAGGCCAUCGGGACAAACUUCAACAGUUCAUCGCAAUUACAGGAGCUAGCGAAAAGACUGCACUUCAGGCUUUGAAAGCAAGCGAUUGGCACCUCGAAGGAGCUUUUGACAUAUUUUACAGCCAGCCCCAUAUCAGAAGUCAUGCUGAUAUUAGACGCUUAGAGGAGCUCUACAAUAGAUAUAAAGAUCCAUAUUCCGAGAUGAUUUAUGUCGAUGGUAUCACCCUACUCUGUAAUGAUCUUCAGGUGGAACCCCAAGACAUAGUCAUGUUAGUUGUUUCAUGGCACAUGCAAGCUGCCACAAUGUGUGAAUUUUCCAAGCAGGAGUUCAUUGGUGGAUUGCAGGCCCUAGGUGUAGAUUCAGUCGAGAAGUUUAGAGAAAAGCUGCCUUUCAUGCGCUCUGAGCUAAAAGAUGAACAAAAGUUCCGUGAAAUAUAUAACUUUGCUUUUGGCUGGGCGAGAGAGAAGGGUCAGAAAUCUCUGGCGAUAGAUACAGCAAUAGGGAUGUGGCAGUUGCUCUUUGCUGAAAAACAGUGGCCAUUGGUUGACUACUGGUGUGAGUUUUUGCAGGCUCGUCACAAUAAGGCUAUAUCUAAGGAUACAUGGUCCCAGCUGCUGGAAUUUGCAAGGAGUGUAGAGCCCGGUUUGUCAAAUUAUGACGCGGAAGGGGCAUGGCCAUACCUAAUCGAUGAAUUUGUGGAGUAUUUGUAUGAAAACAGCGUCGUGAAGAGGCCACCUCAGCCGGUCGAUCAGAAUCAGACAAGUGAAUGGGCUGCUUGAUUGGUCGCCUGAUCUAUGAAAUCUUUCUUAAGAUAUUCCUCUGAUCUUUUGUAGAAUCAUUUAAGGGAUUUACUGGAAAUGUCUGUUUAUUGUGGGUUUUUAACUUUCAUACAUCCUCGUCAAAUAAUAAUGUGGUUCAGACGUCUGUCAUUCUGUUUUGUUGCAGGCAUUUGUGUGUUAAAAAGGGCUUGUUAUCCUUUAUAUGACAGGAGUUUCCAGUGUCGAGA